AUGUCCUGCCAGGGGAAGACAUCAGUGAAAAUUAAAUGUCUGAAACUUGUGUUUGAUUGCCUUCCUUAUCACGCCAAUCUCACACGUUUCUUCCAUCUCUUGUUCUCUGUUCUAGUAAAAUUUAAUAACUGUGCUGGUAACAAGGGAGUUCGGUAUGAAACCAACAGCCUGGACUUCAAGGUGAGAGCGGAUGGGACCAUGUAUGCUGCCCACCAGCUGCAAAUGCCCUCGAAGCAGCUCAUCCUGAUGGUGACCGCGUGGGAUCCGCAGACCCUGGGCCGGUGGGAGGCCAUUGUCAGAUUUCUGGUGGCAGAGAAGUCACAACACAAUGGACACAAGGCCAAAGGAAGGAAGGCUGUGCCCGGAGAACUGGCGCCGCAGCAAAGCGACACGCUGCUCCCGUGGCGCCAGCAUCAGAGCGCCAACGGCCUGCGGCGGCAGAAGCGGGACUGGGUCAUCCCACCCAUCAACGUGCCGGAAAACUCCAGAGGACCCUUUCCGCAGCAGCUGGUUCGGAUUCGUUCCGAUAAGGACAAAGAGAUCCAUAUCAGGUACAGCAUCACUGGAGUGGGAGCCGACCAGCCGCCGAUGGAAGUCUUCAGCAUUGACCCCGUGUCUGGCAGGAUGUACGUGACUCGGCCGAUGGACAGAGAAGAAAGAGCCUCCUACCAUCUCCGGGCUCAUGCAGUGGAUAUGAAUGGAAACAAGGUGGAGAAUCCUAUUGACCUUUACAUCUAUGUGAUUGAUAUGAAUGACAACAGACCGGAGUUUAUAAACCAAGUCUAUAAUGGAUCUGUUGAUGAAGGCUCUAAACCAGGCACCUACGUGAUGACAGUGACAGCCAACGAUGCAGAUGACAGUACUACAGCGAACGGGAUGGUGAGAUACCGAAUUGUGACUCAAACCCCGCAGAGCCCAUCACAAAACAUGUUUACUAUUAACAGCGAGACGGGAGACAUUGUCACUGUGGCUGCUGGACUUGACAGAGAGAAAGUUCAGCAGUACAUAGUCAUUGUUCAAGCCACAGAUAUGGAAGGAAAUCUUAACUAUGGUCUCUCGAACACGGCAACAGCAAUCAUUACGGUGACAGAUGUGAAUGACAACCCCCCUGAAUUCACUACCAGCACUUAUUCAGGAGAAGUUCCUGAGAACAGAGUGGAGGUUGUAGUGGCAAAUCUGACGGUGAUGGACCGGGACCAGCCUCACUCCCCCAACUGGAAUGCCAUCUACCGCAUUAUCAGUGGAGACCCCUCUGGCCAUUUCACCAUCCGGACAGACCCCGUCACCAACGAAGGCAUGGUAACCGUCGUAAAGGCAGUUGAUUACGAGAUGAACAGAGCUUUCAUGCUGACAGUGAUGGUAUCAAACCAAGCUCCCCUGGCCAGUGGCAUCCAGAUGUCCUUCCAGUCGACAGCAGGAGUCACCAUUUCAGUCACAGAUGUCAACGAAGCACCAUAUUUCCCAACGAACCACAAGUUAAUCAGGCUGGAGGAAGGGGUGCCUACGGGGACCGUCCUGACAACGUUUUCAGCGGUGGAUCCUGAUCGCUUCAUGCAGCAGGCAGUAAGAUACUCUAAGCUGUCAGAUCCUGCAAACUGGCUGAACAUUAAUGCCACAAAUGGUCAGAUCACUACUGCUGCUGUCCUUGAUCGGGAGUCAGACUACAUUAAGAAUAAUGUCUACGAGGCCACAUUCUUGGCGGCUGACAACGGUAUACCCCCCGCAAGCGGCACUGGCACUCUGCAGAUCUACCUAAUCGACAUCAACGAUAAUGCUCCUGAGCUCCUGCCAAAGGAGGCACAGAUCUGUGAAAAGCCAAACCUGAAUGUCAUCAACAUAACAGCCGCGGAUGCUGACAUCGAUCCAAACGUUGGGCCCUUUGUCUUUGAGCUGCCAAGUGUGCCAUCUGCGGUGAGGAAGAACUGGACCAUAACACGGCUGAAUGGCGAUUACGCCCAGCUUAGCUUACGAAUCAUGUACCUGGAAGCCGGUGUGUACGAUGUGCCGAUCAUCGUGACGGACUCAGGAAACCCGCCCUUGUACAACACAUCCCUCAUCAAAGUGAAGGUGUGCCCGUGCGAUGAGAACGGCGACUGCACCACCAUCGGGGCGGUGGCUGCAGCGGGGCUGGGCACGGGUGCCAUCAUCGCCAUCCUGAUCUGCAUCAUCAUUCUACUGACCAUGGUUCUGCUGUUCGUGGUGUGGAUGAAACGCCGGGAGAAGGAGCGCCAUACCAAGCAGCUCCUGAUCGACCCCGAGGAUGACGUCAGGGACAAUAUUCUGAAGUAUGAUGAAGAGGGAGGUGGAGAGGAAGACCAGGAUUACGAUUUAAGCCAGCUCCAGCAGCCAGAGACCAUGGAUCACGUGCUGAACAAGACACCUGGAGUCAGAAGGGUGGAUGAAAGACCUAUUGGUGCUGACCCGCAGUAUCCUGUAAGACCAGUAAUCCCACAUCCAGGGGAUAUUGGUGACUUUAUUAAUGAGGGCCUGCGUGCGGCGGACAACGACCCCACGGCCCCCCCCUACGAUUCCCUGCUGGUCUUCGACUACGAGGGCAGCGGCUCCACCGCGGGCUCCGUCAGCUCCCUCAACUCCUCCAGCUCCGGGGACCAGGACUACGACUACCUUAACGACUGGGGGCCCAGGUUCAAGAAACUGGCGGACAUGUACGGGGGAGGCGAGGAAGAUUAAACUGACCUCACGUUAUUUAAAAUUUAAAAAAAAAAAAGAAGAAGGAAAAAAAAACAAUUAAAAAAAAAAAAAACAAA